AUGGUAAAGCUCGCAGGAGGAUGGAUAGACCUCAACGAGAGAUACGGAGACAUGUUCAGAGGCGACUUCAACCCCAAUAUUUGCAACAAGAACACCCUCAAAGUCUUGGGCUUGACACAUCACUGUAAAGAUUGCAAGGCACCCCCGUCGAAGAAGUGCUUUUGGCAACUACAUUUCGCGUUCUGUGAUGAGUGCGGCGAGCGCUUCACUGUCUGGUCCAGAGGAUGCGGAAAACAUCCUUACAGCCACGGCUACAACAUCGUCUUCAAGGCUGUACGUGAUGACUGGCCCGCCUCGGAGAUAGAGCGACUAUUGGCGCCAAGUGGUACUGUUCAGGCCGAGGACUUCGCGGACCUACUCGACAACGGUGCCUCCUCCCCUAGUCCAGACCCCGAGCAUGGCGAUGUGGCUGAGCUCGCUGGAAUGGUCGCGAACGCCGACAUUAAUACGAACGGCGAAACCGACGAGAACGCUACCUCUCCCCCAACGACCCCAUUGCCUGAAGCUGACCCCAACGGCCAAGGCCAAGAAGGUGUCGCGUCGCCUCCUCCCGUCCCCGCAGACAAGACUUCCAGAACGUCGCAAUGGCUUCCCACCGGUCUCAAAGGUAAAGACGCCAAGGGCAUGAGACAUGCGCGUGCGGCGACCGGGAGAAAGAUACGUCGGGACACGGAAGCUGCUAUGCAGGCUGAGAUAGCUGCGGAUGAACGUGUGAAAGAGGCGCAGAGAGCUAAGAGAGCCGCCGAUGUAGCUAAGAGAGCAGAGCAAGAGAAGACGAGGAUGGGGAGAACUGGCCAUAAGAGGAAGUAG